AUGAUGUCUCCAGCUCUCCCUCGACACGAGACCGACAGAGGACUCAUUGAUGACGAGAUAUUAGAUCAGCCGAUGUUAGUUGGUGACACAUUUUCGCAUUCGGAGUCCAUAGACUGUCUCUCAGCUGUAAGGCGAAUGGAAUUUGAGGCGGAGAAAGCUACGCUCAUUUCAAUAGAUCGUUCACUCAUCGAGGAUAACGAUACGCUGUAA